UGCAGUUGGCCGGACUGCGUCGGCGCGGAGGGAGAAGCCGGGGCUGGAGGGGCUGGGGUCGCGCGCCAAGUUCAGGCGCAAGAGCGCGCGCCGAGCAGUGCCCUCGGGAUUUCUAGGUACGGCGUUGGCGAGUCAAGUGCGGGGUUAAGGUGGCUAUCGAGGGAGGCUUGAGGAGAUGGUGGUAAACUCAGAAAAGGCAAGACACGUGCAGUUCUCCAAGUUUUUGGAGAAGAGCUUCCAGCGCCGCAAUCCCGCCUGUUUGGCCGAGGAAUCGGCGAGGCUCCCAGCCCCACCCCUGCAGCAGUGAUGCAAAGAGGACAAGUCACCGACGUGGGGAGGGGAAAACCCUCCCGGGGUGACUGGGGUAGGGAGGUGGGCAGAGUAGGCAGCGACCAGUUCUCCAACCACUGGGGCGACAGGGAGCGCGUUCUGGGGAAACGAACCCCGGCAUAAAUCAUUGAGUUCGGAGCCCAGCGCUUUGGGAGGCCGGAGCGCACCUCCCAAGCCUCGCUGGAGCUGAGAAAAGGCAGAGAGGAAAAGGGGCCGGCGACGGGACCGAGAGCAGCUCAGCCGGCUGGGGGUCCUGCGAGCGGCGAGCGGCGAGCGCGGGAAGCGGAGAGCGCAUCCGGCGAGGAGCCCACGCCGGCCGAGGCGGGCAGGGAGCGGACCUCCGCGGAGGCCGAGGAGGCGCUGCAUGGACAGCAUGCGUUUCUCCGGAGGCCCUGGCGCCGGGUCCACGGGCAACUCAAGCCGCUGGUGGCCUCUGGCCGCCGGCGGUGCCAACGCCAGCCGCGAAUCGGAGGCGCUCGGGGAAGAAGGCGGCCAGCAGAGGGACUUGCGCAACGAGGAGCUGGCCAAGGUGGAGAUCGCCGUGCUGGCCGUGACUUUCGUGGUGGCCGUACUGGGUAACAGCUGCGUGUUGCUGGCACUGCACCGCACGCCUCGCAAGACGUCCCGCAUGCACCUCUUCAUCCGCCACCUCAGCCUGGCCGACCUGGCCGUCGCUUUCUUCCAGGUGCUGCCGCAGCUGUGCUGGGACAUCACCUACCGUUUCCGCGGCCCCGACGGGCUGUGCCGCGUGGUGAAGCACCUGCAGGUGUUCGGCAUGUUCGCCUCGGCUUACAUGCUGGUGGUCAUGACCGCCGACCGCUACAUCGCCGUGUGCCACCCGCUCAAGACGCUGCAGCAGCCGACGCGCCGCUCGCGCCUCAUGAUCGCGGCCGCCUGGGUGCUGAGCUUCGUGCUGAGCACGCCGCAGUACCUCGUCUUCUCCAUGGUCGAGGUGAGCAACGUCACCAAGGCCUACGACUGCUGGGCCACCUUCAUCCAGCCCUGGGGAGCCCGCGCCUACGUGACUUGGAUGACAGCCAGCAUCUUCGUGGCGCCCGUGGUCAUCCUGGGCACCUGCUACGGCUUCAUCUGCUACCACAUCUGGCGCAACGUCCGCGGGAAGACGGCGUCGCGCCAGGACAAGGGCGCCGAGCGCGCGGGCGGCGCCUUCCGCAAUGGGCUCCUGCUCGAGCCCUGUGUCAGCAGCGUGAAGACCAUCUCCCGAGCCAAGAUCCGCACCGUGAAGAUGACUUUCGUGAUUGUGACCGCUUACAUCGUUUGCUGGAUGCCCUUCUUCAUCGUCCAGAUGUGGUCUGUCUGGGAUGUGAAGCUCCCGUGGAUCGAGUCGGAAAACCCUGCCACCACCAUCACGGCCUUGCUGGCUUCCUUGAAUAGUUGCUGCAAUCCCUGGAUAUACAUGUUUUUUAGCGGUCAUCUCCUGCAGGACUGUGUCCAAAGCUUCCCAUGCUGCCAAAACAUGAAGCAAACGUUCAGCAAAGAAGAUUCAGACAGUACGAGCAGAAGGCAGACUUCUUACACUAACAACCGAAGCCCGACAAAUAGCACAGGUCCGUGGAAGGACUCUCCUAAAUCUUCCAAGAUCAUCAGAUUCAUUCCGGUUUCAACCUGAGCCCCACGUUCGUGCAGCCUGACUCUCGUAACAGACUUUCUGACCCGUUGGCUGAAUCCAGCUAGAAACCACAAGAACAAAUGAACUUAUACGAGAUAAGCAUAAAUCAAUUUAUUGGGCACAGGACUGUGUUUCUAGUUGCAUUUUCACAUCGCUAUGACCAAAAGCUAUGAAUUGUUUUAUAUGGAAUGUUAAUAAAAACAUGCUCCACUAAAAUUUGCAGGCCUAAUUUGCAGAAAUAUGGUAGAAGUUAUAUUUCUAAAGGAAAAAUCAUAACCACUCUGGCUUUAUAUUUUGCUGUUGGUUUCUUUUCUUUUCUUUUCUUUUUAUUUCUGACAUAACGAAGGCUUGAUGGGUUUAGAAGUCAUACGAUGUAGGGGCAUUAUUUCUGAACAAAGCGAGCUCGUCAUCAACCUUAGUAUUUGAAAGGAACUAGAAGAGACUUCAGAGAAAUUAUGUUUCCAUCCAAUAAAAUCAAUUUACGCAUCAGGAAAUGCAGCCUCAAGCGGUGGCCUGGAGAUAGGAUGGUGCCUUGGAGAGGCUGAGAGCUGGAGGCGUGUUAGCAAAGAUGCCUGGUUCAGAGUGGAAAGCAGAAAAUUCUGUUAGAAGCUAUAAAUCCCCUAAAUUUCAAAACAGUAACCUUAGAACUGGCAGUUCCUCAUGUUUUAUUGAUUGUGAAAAGCAUGAUUACUAAGAUGCUGAAGGUUAGAGAAAAUAUUGUCAACUGGCCAAUAAUAUCUUUUUUGCUCCCACUGCAAGGUCGUUUCAAAGUCAAAUUUGCAUGAGGAAUACCCAAUAUUAUCAGAAGAGUAGAAAAGGAUUGCCCAAAGUUCUAUGUAGACUUUCUCUAGAAUAUUGUAAACGUGUUUCGACCAGUGUUAUAAGGUAUCCUGCGCUGUGCUGGAUAUCAAUACAGUCAUCACUUUCUGUUUGAGGAAUCCAGAUUCACAGAUAGGAGUCUUCUAAAGAGUACCCCGGGAUAUAGAAAGUCUCCUCAUGUUUAAUUAAAAAUAACUUGGCCUUUCCUUCUGAUCUGCCACCCACCUAACAGGUUCAUAGCAGAGGAGAGGCAGGUUCUGGGGUGGGAUGGGGGU